AUGGCUGUUUUAAAUUUGAAAAAUAAACACAUAGUAUUUUUUUGGAAGAUGAAGAACUGUUCAAUCAGUGAUUUUACUGGAUUCAAAAAAAUUGUAGAUGAAUCAAAAAAUAUUGUGGCUCUCACUGGUGCUGGGGUCUCAGCUGAAUCAGGUAUUCCAGUUUUCAGAGGGGCAGGUGGAUUUUGGAGAACUCACAGGUCUCAAGAUCUAGCUACUCCACAGGCAUUUGCAGCAAAUCCCUCCUUAGUUUGGGAAUUUUACCACUACAGAAGGAAUAUAGCCUUCAAUGCACAACCAAAUCAUGUAGGGGAUAUAUCAAAAAUUGUAUGCGCAAAUAACAUUGAUGGUGAUGAAGAACUAAGGGACAGUGUCUUCGAAGCAUUCAAUAGAAUAACCCCAGAAAUGCUUAGCAAUGUCUUAGAAGCAACUGCACACAAGGCCUUAGCUGGGUAUGAGAAGAUCUGUUCCAAACAAGGUAGACAAUUCACAAUCAUUACUCAGAAUGUGGAUGGACUCCACCAAAGAGCAGGUUCACAAAAUGUCAUAGAACUGCAUGGAGCCCUACAUAAAGUUAAAUGUAUUAACUCCAGAUGUAGAUUCAUUGAUGAAAACUAUAAUAAUCCCAUUUGUGAGGCAUUGAGAGGAAAGGGUACCAAUCUGACUCUGAAUUCCCAAUUAUUGGUAAAGCCUGUACCAUCGAAAGGUUUCAAAUGCGAAAUCUGUACAGCUGACGCCAUUAUAUUCCUUGAAUUCCGUGUAUUCCAAUUGCUUCCGUUGACUCCCAAAGUGAAAAUAACUUUUGCCACUUACAAUAAUUAG